AUGAGCUUUAGAAAUUUUUAUAAAAUUAAAUUUAAAAAUCGAAUGCCGCAAUUUAUUAAGAAACUUGAAAGAUCUAAUAUUUCAAACGACUUAAAAGAAAAAUUAAUUCUUGCUUUAAGAAACAUUUUAAGUUUUUUAGAUACGAUAAGUGCAAUUAGAUUUGAUACGAGGAAAACUAAAAAUAAGAAAGAUUUUUAA